AUGGAGCCAAACUUAAACCUCAUCGGAGAAUUGUCCGACCAGAUACACAGCACCGCCGAGAAGGUCCUCCCAGACAUGGAGGAACACCUUCAGGACUACAAACAAUUCAUGGAUCAAGUAAUGAAAAAUGUUCGUGUCCCCAAUGGCGUUACCACCUUAUUCGUUCUACUCUCUAUAUUUGUACUUGUCUCUUUAUACAACGUCAGCAAAAUAGUUGGUGUUCUGAGCACCCACCCAGUGGCCAAGAGUUUAUUAUUAUACCUGGGGUUCUACCUGGUUGCGUAUAGCGGUCUGAUUAACUACGAAAAAAAUGAAUGA